AGUGUUGCGAACCGACCCACUUCCCAGCCCUGCCCGCCUGACGUAAUUUGGCAGAAACGACGUAUUUUUGUUUAUGUGAGUCCGCUCCCCGCCCCUCAUAAAGUGAGUGGCCAGCUGCUCGUCCAAUGACCACCUCUAGUUGCGGAAUUUAGUAUCUCCUUGUCGGAAUCCCACCCAGGCCCCGUAGGAAUCCAUCUGUUGCUGACCACUGAACACUGAGGCAUUUCAUCAAAAUUCCCCGUUUCUCCGGGCACACGCAAAAUGAAUCGGUCCGAACCGAUUCCCAUUCGACGGGACCGCUCUUUUGACAGUGUGAUCAACCGCCUGCUCCGUAUGAGGUCCCAGAAUCAUGAGAGCUUUCGCGCCGCCAUGUACAAUUUCCUGAUCGCCGCAGGAGUUGCGGCAUUCGUCGCUGUGUGCUUCAUUCUUGGGCCCUUCGUCCGUCCAUUGCUGUGGGCCUUCCUCAUGGGCGCCGUGCUCUUUCCAUUCAAGCGACGUUUGGCGGAGAGCGUAAACAGUUGGUUUCACCGCUUGGAGGUGCGCGACUCCAAUGUACUGGUUUCGAUCUGCCUAUCGCCGCUGGAAGCCACAGAGCAUUGCGGGCGGUUGCUGAUCGGGUGGCUCUGCGAACACUGGCAACUCCUCCUGGCCGGAUGCGGAGUGGCCGGGUGCAUUAAGCUGCUGGUUUUAUAUGCACCGAAGGGUUUUCUGCUGGCCAUCUGGCAUUGGAUCACCUUUUCCCAUGGCUUGUUCGUUCAAAUUAUUGGAUUCCUCAACGUAUACGUGCUCAUUUCCUUGAUCGUGGUCUACUUGAGCUGCGUCCACUUCUUUUGGAGGCCAGAGAAUAGUGCCCACUUCGUGGUCGCCGGACAAUCCAUGUGGAUAGCUGUAGCGGGCUAUCUGAGUAGCUUUCUUGGCGCCCUGCAGGUGCCGGUAUUUCUACUGGUUAUGACCUAUGUAACAGCAUCUACGGCAUAUCAUCUGCAAACCCUAGAUGAUUCGGGAUCUUAUCUUCACCGCCUGCAAAAGUUGUUCGACAAGAACGAUUUUGAGCGAUCGCUAAGCAACUUCAGCAUUUGUGGCAGACCAGGCAACGAGCCACUGAGUCCGGGGCUGCAGUCGGAUGUGGAGGAUGUAUCGUUAAGUGACACUGUCGACUCGACGGACACGUUUGAUGUCAAGCCAGAAACGGAGGUUCCCAGUCACCAGAGCGACACAUUCUUUAAGCUCCUUUUUUAUGCCUGCUUGGGCACAUUCCUCUAUCGCAACGUGUGGAUGUUUAUCCUAGCGGCAAUCCCAGUAAUUCUGCAUCUUAUUUACACCGUAGGAGAGUAUACGGGAAUUACUAAAUUUGUUUGCAACAAAAUUAGCGAAGUUUACGCAGCGCUGCGUUUCUGGGCAAUCGAACACCAUUCUGCCGUGCUGCCACUCUGUCUACCUGGUGUCCUGGAACUAAACUAUAAAAUCAACACUAUCGUGCGGGAUUCACUAAAGGCCUCCGUUGAAUCAGUCACCUCCAUCCUAAUGAUCAUCCUCAUGCUGCUUAUCAUCGUGUUUCUAAGCGUGUUCUUCUGCGUGAACAUUUACUCGGAGACGAUUGAGGUGGCUUACCUGGGCAAGGAUUUAAUUAACAAGACGAUCACAGAUCGGCCUGAGCUAAUUGACAUCUUGCCUGCCAACAUGCAAUCGUCCAUCGAGGAUGCUCUUGAUAACGCACACCAUUAUGGUCGCCGUAAGAUUGAAACCUACAUAGACGACUGGCUGGCAGACGCCGAUAAGGUGCACGCCACCAAGUUGAAGGAGCAGAUCCUCGAAGUGUGGGACCGGCUCAUCCAGUAUUGGAUCGAUUUCAAUAAGGCCGGUUCAUCGUACGGGCCGCGGGUACCAACGGAUGCCCUGAAAAGCACAUUUGGCGAAAUCGUCGACAAUCCAGGUAAGCAUAAGUUCCACUCCCUAUGGCUUCUUUCAAUUUUCUUUCCUCCCGUUUUAUUAAUACAUUUUUUGAGUUCUUUUUCGGGGUUUCCGCAUGGGUGUCCGGGCUUUCGUUAAGUACUUGCUCCCAUCAUCCAUCCCGUAACACUCGUUUGCGUCUAUGAAAUAACUCAUACUGUGUGCAUCUGCUAACCGAUGGCCGUUUAUUUAACCAAGGACAUUUUAAAGAGCUAGUUUUAGUGGCAAAACAGGGCAUUAUCGGCUGGGCGCAGAGCAAUACGCAGACGAUCCUCGAGGUUGCAGAGUCGUUGUGGCACAUCAUCCGGACCAACAUGUCCAUGAUAAUGGGCGUGACCGGGGAGAUUCUAUCCCUUGUGCUUUCGGGUGGACAAGCGUGCAUUGAGUUUAUUCUAGAUAUGAUUGUAUUCUUUACGGCUCUGUUCUACCUGCUCUCGAGCAGUCAGGAGAAGUACGCGCCCCUGCAGAUCACAAAAUACCUGGGCUAUUCCAGCUCGGGUAUCAAAAUCGCCGAUGCCCUGGAAAACUCCAUUACCGUAGUCCUAGUCUCAAUGUUUAGGUGCUCCACCUUUACGGGUCUGUUCACCUGGUUAGUCCAUACGGUUUUCGGGGCCCGGAUUGUGUUCCUGCCGUCCGCCUUGGCAGCUAUGUUGGCUGCUGCUCCUUUCCUAGGCAGUUACUGGUGUGCGGUGCCAGCCUUUCUAGAGCUUUGGCUGGCCCAGGACCGCUUCUAUGCAGGACUUAUAUUGUUCCUGCUUCAGUUUUUCGUGCCAUCAUCUUUUGAAACUGCUAUAUAUGCGGACCUCAAAGGUGGACAUCCCUACCUCAACGGCCUGGCCAUAGCAGGCGGAAUGUAUUGGAUCGGUUGGCAAGGAGCUAUUUUCGGACCCCUUAUGCUUUGCUUCUUCAUCGGCCUUUUUGAGGUGGCCACGCUGGCCAUGCGCAGUCAUCAAGAGCCCAGGAACAGUACGGACGAGGAGCGGACCACGUGAGUUGGCAUGGACCAGAAACUACGAAUUUCCUUUUAAUACUCGAACUGCGAACUAACAUAAGCUGUGUGGCCAAAUACCUGACAAUCAAAAUGAGAUUGGCCCGAAUAUCAUAACCUAGACAUAGGCUGGAGCUUCCUUUAACUAUUGUUGUUCGUUUCUCAGUUGCUAAUCUUACCGCUUUGCGAACAUUGAUUUUUAUGAUAUUAUUCAAUAUUCCGUCUAUGCAGCAAGCGCUCCUUAAUAUCUAUUCUAUCGAUCUUAGUGUUCUUACAUACAAAAUGUACCUCGAAUUAUUUGUAGUCGCGAAACAUUUCCAAAGCCUUCAAGUACCGAUAUCGUGCUCGCUACUAAUUGCUUAAUGUAAAAUUGUGAUGUGUUUAAACUUAGAUACAAAAUGUCUUGCAAAUAUAUUUCUGUACUAACUAACUACCGCUG